AUGAUAUCAAUAACGUUUGAGGCCCUAAGAGUUUUGGCAAACGCUUGGAUUAAUAAUCCAAUUGUAAUGUUCAUUGAAAAUACAGAAUCACCAAUUCGAGAAAUACCUUUUCCUUCGAUUAUGAUUUGUCCAUCGAGUCAAGUUCGAAAAUCCAUUUGGGAGAAAUACAUGGACACGAACAGCUCUUAUUGGGACAAUCUUAAAAUAUAUAGGGAUUUGACAUGUUCUACUAAUACGCAUUCUCAUGGAUUGGAACAAAGUUUGAAGGAAUAUAUUGACGACAAUCUGAUAAAGAAACUUUUGCAUGAUUGUGGAAUUAGCUGUUCAGAAGUAUUUCAGUCUGAUGGUAAAUGGCAGAAUAGAACGUUGGAUAAUAUUUGCCAAUAUAUUCAACCAAUAAUAGGCCUAUUUGGAUUAUGUUAUACAAUUAACAUGAUACCGUUAUAUGAAAUGUUUAACGACGAAUAUUAUCAGAGGUAAUA